AUGUCGGAAGCUGCCGAUGUCGACGGCAGUGCCCUGGUGACGGGCGGCAUCGAGCCACGGGGUCUUGACGUCAGCAAGGCCCCCUUGAAGGGCGCCAUGGAUGCCGAUGGUGCCAGGGAGUUCAGUUUCGGAGAUGAGGAGCCGCACUUCACUUCGCGGUCUGAGAGAUUCCUCAAGCGGUUGGGAGCGGCAGCCGACUCAGAAGCUGAACCAGAUCAUAAAGCUCAACGAUGCGCCGUGGCCAAGCCGAAGACCCGGGCGGCGGCGGCUGCCGCUAAGAACUGCCCUGUUCUUACGCGCGGCGAAUGUAUCGUGGGGGACAAAAAGUACUGCAGGAUUCACCAUCGGAUUUACGAAUGCUCGAGGACUCGCAGCCUGAAGGGCGUCGACGACACUCACGAGAGCACCGAGGCGGAGGAGUCCAGGAGUUUCAAGAAGAUUUUCGGACACAAGGGGAAGAAGGGCUGUAAGACUUACGAGGGGGAGGUCGAGCUUGCAAGUCAAGUGCUGGAAGAUGUCAGAGCGAAACAUCCUGACAUGGGCGAUGUUGGCAGCGGGAGAAGCACGAAAGCCCGGGGAAGUGACAUUGCACUUACUACGUACGUCAAUCGCAGGGGGGCCGAGAGAAGCACCACAUAUUCGUCAGCUAGACCGAAGUGGGACUUCGAGAUUUUCUCCACCCAGCUGAAGGCCCUCAGGCAGUGGUCGACUGCCAAGAUCAAGCAGGAGUGGGCGCAGCUCGAGCAAGACACCCCAGAAGAUCAAAAGGACAAUCGUGGCCCCCCGGAGGCGCCACUUCGUCUGCCAGUGCCAUCGUGGAUGGUUGGGGCCGAUCAGAGCAAGCAGGAGACGAAGAAUUUCCAUGCCCAGGAGAUGGUAACGGCGAAGCCAAAGGGGACGGCCAUGGCGAAGAGCGACCUGGACACCGCCGUCAAGGACUGCACCAAGGGCUUCGCCGUGGUCGCUGCUGCGAGUUCAGCAAGUGCCCUGUUAGCUCCAUCCGCCAAGGCUGUGAACGCUACGGACGAUGCGGGCAAGGCCGCUGCAGACAUCAUGAUCAGUCACGCGCCGACAGCCGCCUCCAGUCCAAGCGCCGCUGGCUCCAAGGACCCCAAGGACCCCAACUACCCCAAGGAGACGUCGCCGAAAGAUCCAGGCUCUUCGGCGAAGAAGCAAAAGUUUGACGUCGGUGUCACGAGACUCAAAACUGCAGAGGCAAAGCAGAGGGCACUGCAGCUUGAAAGCGACAAGCUCAAGAAGUCUAUGACGCUCGCUUCGAAGGCGCACAAGGAAGGCAUCGACUCAGGCGAGAAGGAAAAGAACCUGUUGUUGGAGCGCUUCCUCAUCGGGGCCAUGGUCCUCGGCAAGGAUAUUACCAUCGAGGUGGAGUCAAUCGCGAGCGCCCAAGACAUAGACAUCAAUGCUAAUUUCAAGAAGGCCCUCGAAGGUUACAAGGCGGCUCAGGCGGGUGGCCAGCUUCCAGACCACUUGAAUUCCGACGCGGUGGCAUAUCGCGACUACAAGUUGAAGGAGACCGUCGCGAGGGCCGAAUUACUUCACAUCGAUAAGAAGGAGGAGCUGUUCUGCAUGAUCAGGGCGGAGUCGCUGGAGGCGGAGGCAAAGGUGGACCAGUUCAAGAUGCAGCUCGGCCAGCUGCGCGAUUGCAUCAUGGAUGCCACGAAACUCGCGAAGAAGAGCGCCAGCACGGCUUCACAAGCAGCUGCCCAGCGCGAGAGGGAGGCGAAGGCCAAGAAGCUCGAGGGGCAGAGGGCGGCGGCUUCGGCGGCCGCCAGCGCCCUGAAGAAGCAGAUCACAGCGAUGAGGACAGGGGGGGAACUGCCUGCUGUCAAAUCGUUCGAUGGUGCGCCAAAGUUCGAGGAGGCGCUGAGUGGGGACUCAGCAGCAGUGCUGGACGAACCUUUCAAAGUCAGCGCUGGGGGCGCGUGGGCCGACGCUUUCAAGGACAGCGCCCUGGCUAGCAGCGCGGAUAAGUUCUUGGAGAAGUUCCCCGCCAUGGCCGAGAAGAGGGGUGGCCAGGCGAAUGCCCCGAUGACGGCGGUCCAUGGUGCAUCUGUGGUGGAGCCUCUCAUGAGCAGCAUUACGCCGAAGCGGAUGCACGCUGACGUCAGCGAGCUUCCUGUCGUGGCCUCCUCUACCGACAAGCUGUGGUGUUUCGGAUAUCUAGCCACGUUCGUGGGUAUGGACUUCGAGACUGGCCUGUUCAGUUCUGCUCGCUACUACGUCACAGGAGGCAACGUCAAGCUCAUCUUCAUCAAGGGCGUUGAUCUGCUGAGCCAUCUCGGCUACAUGAAAGAUGUCGAUAUCAAGAGUCGGGCAUCGACGAUGCUCCUAGCCUUGGAGCAGGACGACGCGAAGGCGCUCAUCGAGAAAGGCAUGCACGUAUUGACAACAACAGCUGCUUCUGGUGAUCUGGUCGUGGCCCCUCCCGGAUACUUCGCAUGUGCAGCGGCGAGCGGCUCGAACGUUAUUGGGGCGAAGAAGGCGCCGCUGCUGCAGCGUGAUUCAGCCAAGAACGAUCUGGAGGUAUUCAGGGGGCGCGGAGAUUUCAAGGACGAGGUGCUGCAGGCAUCGGUCGACAUCUUGGUUGCAGGCAGCAAUUCGUGA